GGCUCAAGCUGAGAACUACUUCACAGUGCACCUGCCUUCAUCCGUCACACUCUGCACAGUGCACACACUCUGUACACAUUCAGCACUUAAGAGCAGCUCCUGGUAGACACAGCAAGAUGCGUGAAAUUGUUCACCUGCAAGCCGGGCAAUGUGGGAAUCAGAUUGGAGCAAAGUUUUGGGAGGUGAUCAGUGACGAGCAUGGCAUCGACCCAACUGGAUCCUACCAUGGAGACCAGGAACUCCAACUGGAUAGAAUCAAUGUCUACUACAACGAGGCGACAGGAGGAAAGUAUGUCCCAAGGGCGGUCUUGGUGGAUCUAGAGCCAGGCACUAUGGACUCUGUCCGAUCCGGCCCAUUUGGAAGAAUAUUUAGACCCGACAACUUUGUCUUUGGCCAGAGUGGAGCGGGAAAUAACUGGGCCAAGGGUCACUACACGGAGGGAGCCGAGUUGGUGGACUCAGUUCUGGAUGUGGUGAGGAAGGAAGCUGAGGGAUGCGACUGCCUACAGGGGUUCCAGCUUACACAUUCUUUGGGUGGCGGGACCGGUUCUGGGAUGGGAACCUUGCUCAUCAGCAAGAUCCGUGAGGAAUACCCGGACCGCAUCAUGAACACCUUUAGUGUGGUGCCCUCUCCGAAGGUGUCCGACACAGUAGUGGAGCCCUACAACGCCACUCUGUCCGUCCACCAGCUUGUCGAGAACACAGACGAGACCUACUGCAUUGAUAACGAAGCCUUGUAUGACAUCUGCUUCCGUACACUCAAGCUGACCACGCCCACUUACGGAGACCUCAACCACCUGGUUUCCGCCACCAUGAGUGGGGUGACAACCUGCUUGCGUUUUCCCGGGCAGCUGAACGCGGACCUCCGCAAACUGGCUGUCAACAUGGUCCCCUUCCCUCGUUUGCACUUCUUCAUGCCGGGCUUUGCCCCGCUCACGAGCAGGGGGAGCACCCAGUACAGAGCCCUCACCGUGCCUGAACUCACUCUGCAGAUGUUUGAUGCCAAAAAUAUGAUGGCUGCCUGUGACCCCCGCCACGGGCGCUACCUCACCGUGGCUGCCAUAUUUCGCGGCCGCAUGUCCAUGAAGGAAGUGGAUGAGCAAAUGCUGAAUGUGCAAAACAAGAACAGCAGCUACUUCGUCGAGUGGAUCCCCAACAAUGUCAAAACGGCCGUGUGUGACAUCCCGCCGCGCGGCCUCAAGAUGUCCGCCACGUUCAUCGGUAACAGCACCGCCAUCCAGGAGCUGUUCAAGCGCAUCUCUGAGCAGUUCACCGCCAUGUUUCGCCGCAAGGCUUUCCUCCAUUGGUACACGGGCGAGGGCAUGGAUGAGAUGGAGUUCACUGAGGCGGAGAGCAACAUGAACGAUUUGGUGUCCGAGUACCAGCAGUACCAGGACGCCAGCGCUGAGGAGGGGGGCUUUGAAGAGGAGGAGGAGUAUGAGGAGGAGGCCUAAGACCUCUUUUUGUUUAAUUCACUGCCUCCUAGCGGGUACUGUAACCUUUUCCCGGGUCUGUAUUGUCUGCACUAUCACUCCUGCCUCUUUUUCGUGCCUGCAGAUCUUUGCCAUCAUCCAGUCAAAGAUGGCUUCACUGGAUUCUCUUCCUUACCCCAGUGAACACAUGGAAAUCUGUCAUCCGUCCUCUCUUAAUGUUUUUUUUCUGUUCUUUACACAAUUCUACAUCUGGGUCAAAUGCAACACAUUGUAUUUGAAUUCAUUUGUUGAAUCUGGUAUUUGGCUUCAAUAAAUGUGUUGGUAAACAGCAA